AUGAAACCAGUGGUGGUUCGUGCCAUUACUGGUUUUUUGGAAUUGUCCUCCUCGGACUUUGAUCAUGAUGGAAAUAAGGAAUCAGCAACACUUUUAGCCAAAAAGGUGAGAACCUGUGCAAGUUUCUUGAAGAAAGUACAACACGAGUUUGAACAGCAAGGAUACAUUGUCCAAACGCUCCGCCUGGCAACCAAUCCGUUUGGGGAAUGGCUCUUAUUGGACGGCAAUAAGGCGAAUGACGACGAGGACCACGGCAAGGGUGAUAAUGAGAAGUCCCAACCGUACCAGUCUUCAAUAAUAGACCGCCUAAAGCUUCUGGACACAAUCUUGGCCAUGAAUGAGAUUUCAUUUUGUUCUUUGGGUCCAGCCAUGACUAUCCAGGAAGCAACAUCGUGGUGUUGUCAGAUUGUUGCUCUUUCCAGUCGACUCUCUUGUUCCAUGAACAUCAAAGCUGGUGACGUUGUAGCGGCCAAUGCUGCUGCAAAUAUUAUUCUUGAUAUUUCCAAAUUGGGCUCUUUGUCAGUUGAUGCACCCCAACAUGUCAAGGAUGGAUUGGGAAACUUUCAGUUUUGUGCGGCAUCCAAUUGUCAACCGUUCAUUCCCUUUUUUCCAGCCGCCAAGUCUGUUUCUUCUUCUUCUUCUUCUGGAAAGGGCGGUGAAGCAUUGAAAUUUGCGAUUGGUUUGGAGAAUGGACCCGUCAUUCAGUCCAUUCUUGCCGACACUGGCUCGGUAGGAAGGAUUGCUGACCAUUUUUCAAAGCAAUAUUCCGACAUGUUGUUGCCUCUCCAAGACAUUUGCAACAAGGUGGCUUCCAAUUCCGAGAAUGCUGCUGCCGAGUUUCUUGGGAUUGAUACCUCCUUGAACCCAUCCUUGGCGGCCAAUGGGUCCAUUGCAGCGGCACUGGAAGCCUUGGAUGAAGUGGAAGUGUUUGGUGGACCAGGCACUACGGCUGCCACGGCUCAGCUGACAGUGGCCCUCCAAAGUUUGCCAAACAUCAAGCUAACAGGUUAUUGUGGAGUGAUGCUACCAGUUUGCGAAGAUCAGAGACUUGCCGAAUUGACUCUAGGGGGUGCCAAGCGCAAAUUACGAAUAUCGGAUCUCUUGUUGAUCAGCACGGUGUGUGGGGUCGGUCUGGAUACCAUUCCGCUACCUGGGGAUUGUUCUGUCAAAGCAAUCGCUUCCAUGAUUUUGGAUGUAGCGGGCAUUGCGGGGCGCUGGAACAAAUCAUUGAGUUGUCGGGUGCUUCCAGUUCCUGGACUCCAUUCAGGGGACAUGACUCGAUUUGAUUCGCCCUAUCUCAUCAAUGCACAAGUAUUUUCAGUCGAUUGA